AUGAUCUCAUCUGCGAUAGUUGCGUACCACGACCUCUCGCUUUGUGAGCACCGAGUCUUUGCGGAUGCCCUCAAGAACAACCUGCUCACCAUCAAGACCAUCACCAAACAAGGUGCCCUCGCAAAUCUUGUGGCCUCCCGCAGCCGUGUCAUCAUCGAGGAAGCACCUGCACCUCAUUUCCGACCACACCCCAUGGGUGGCGCUGGUAUCUCUCCUGAGCCACCUUCUGCACAAUGUCCAGCUCCUGGGCCAUUGUCUUGUGGACGAAAUCCUGCAUCAUCUCUUGCAUGGUGCCGGCCUGCUCGUGGGCCGCUAUCUGGUGCACGCGCUCCUGUAGUGGCUCACGCAAUGCGUCACCGGCAGAAACUCAAGAUGUUCGUUGAGGUCCCACUCCCCCCACCCUCCUGGAGGUCGAGUUUCAAUCCAGGAUGA